CUUGUCUAUAUAUAUGUCUUGUAAUGGAGUUUUGAGAGAGUCGAGCACUUAACUAAUGGCUACAAAGACAUCAAAUUUAGUUCCUCUUCUUCUGUCUUUGUUUAUUCUGCUCUUAUUUACCUUAUCUCAAGUAAGACUUGCCCAGGCCAAACGUCUCCAACAAAGGAACGAAUUGCGUUUGGAUUGUGUUCCUCUUCCUCCUCCCCCUCCCCCUCUCCGUCGCAUCGUCAAACCUCCUAUCGCUUCGUUUCCCUCUAAAUCGCCUAAAGAUAAAGGCCCAUAACCCAAAGUCAUCACCAGAAGUGAAGGAUAAGAGGUCAAGAGAGUUUUUAUAAGUAUUUUGUUAUAUAAAAACCAUGUUGUAUGUUAUAUAUCAUAUUUCUUUUUUAUAAAUUGUUAUUUAGUUUUU